AUGGCUCGUGGGCUGUCGCAUCUCCUUCUGCUACUUCUCGUCAUCGCCACAUGGCGUAUGUCUCCUCUCCAAGGCGCCGAAGCGAAGGGACUGAGCCGGGCGUAUUACAAGGACUCGUGCCCGUACCUCGAGACGAUUGUUCGUGAGAUCGUCAUUGACGAGUUUCGCAAAGACCAAACCGUUCCAGCACCACUUCUUCGCCUUCACUUCCACGACUGCUUCGUCCAGGGUUGCGACGGAUCUGUGCUGCUGAACUCGACACCGGGUAACAAAGCAGAGAAGAACGCCCCGCCCAACCUGUCGCUGAACGGCUUCAACAUUAUCGACCGCAUCAAGACGGCCGUCGAGGCCAAAUGCCCCGGCGUCGUCAGCUGCGCCGACAUCGCCGCUCUCGCCGCGCGCGAUGGCGUCAGCCUGGUCGGCGGGCCAUACAUUAAGACCCAGCUGGGUCGCCGCGAUUCGCGCACGUCGAAGGCCGCUCUGGCUGUGAAGUUUCUGCCGGGGCACCAGAUGAACGUGAACGCGCUGCUGAGCAACUUCGCCGCCAUCAAUCUCACGCUCGUCGACCUCGUCACGCUCUCCGGAGGCCACACCAUCGGCGAGUCGCACUGCGACACCGUCGCGCACCGCAUCGCACCCAACCGCGACCCGACGAUUGCGCGGUCCAUGCGGAAGUACCUGGAGGGCCACUGCAAGGCGCCCAAGGUCGACGGCACCAUCCCCGUCGUCCUCGACAUCAAGAGCGCUAAGCGGUUCGACAACCAGUAUUUCAAGAACUUGCAGCGCAAGUUCGGGCUUCUGACGAGCGACCAGGUGCUGAUGAUCGACGCGCGCACCAAGGACCUGGUGAACGAGUUCGCGGCGGACAAGAAGAGCUUCUUCCGCCACUUCCGCCACUCCAUGGUGCGCAUGGGCUCCUUCGGCGUGCUCACCGGCCGCAAUGGCGAGAUCCGCCGCACCUGCAGCGUCGUCAACUGA